AUGUGCUACUACAGCAACUACUACGGAAGCCUGGGCUACGGCUUUGGUGGCCUGGGCUAUGGCUGUGGCUGUGGCUAUGGCUCUGGAUUCGGUGGAUAUGGAUACGGGUGCUACCGUCCAUGCUGCUAUGGAAGAUACUGGUCUUCUUGCUACUACUGA